AUGUCCAAACAAAUCACCAAACAAGAACUCUCAUCCCUUCUUGAAACCGAUCAUUCACAAAUCGUCUUGCUUGAUGUGCGAGAACCAAGCGAGUACACAUCAUCGGAUUUUCCAUCCAUUCAUUCUUCUGCUCAUAACAUUCCUAUUAAUACUUUGAAAGAGGCUUUUCAUUUAGAUGAACAUGAAUUCAAGAACAAGUAUGGAUUUGAAAAGCCAAAAACCGAUGCCACAAUUGUUUGUUAUUGUAAGCUCGGAGGAAGAGCCCAAAAAGCAACUGACGCUCUUGCUGAACUUGGCUAUCAUGAUGUCCGUUGUUAUAAAGGAAGUGCAAGUGAGUGGUGGUCCAAUCAAGCAUAA